AUGGACGACCAGAACGAUGUCCUGAUAACCUCAGUCCUCUACAUAAUCCUCUCCCUCGCCGGCAUCCCUCUUUUACUCUUACUCAUCUGGCUCACAUGUCAACUAUAUAAGAACCAAAUGGAACGGAUAAGAUUCCGUAACCAACUGAAACAGAUGGAAGAAGGACUCGCUGCUGCCAACGCCGCUCCCGCCCCCGAUACGACGGGGAAACAACCAGUUACAAGUAUACCCGUUUCUCAGAACGGCGACGGGGUAUUCAUGAACUCUACAACAACGAAUACUACGGAAGAGAAAUACCAGAACAACGAUAUCGAUAAUGAUAAUGAAAGUGGAAGGGAAGAGGGAAUGACAAUACAAGAUGCAUACCACCACGCCUCCGAAGAUAUGAGACGGUGGAAAGAAGCGAGGGAUUUGUUUGUAAAAAGAGGUGGACAGGCAGAUUUAGCCGAGGUACUAAGGUCUCAAAGUCGUGCUGGACGUGAAGAAGAACAGGAGGAACAAGUUCAGCAACAGACUUAUGUGAGGGAGUAUUCACCACCGCCGAGAUUACCGACUUUAUAA